CAAUAUCGUCGCAUUUUGCUGUCAUUUGUUAUGGUUUUUACUGUUUACGUGACAAUAUGUCAUGUUUGAUUAAUCGUUCACUCAUGUUAUCUUGAGCGAUAGAGGCAGUAAUAUUAGAAAAAUAUUCUAUUUGUGCACUGAUAUAAGCAAAAUAGUCGGUCUCGGACUUCACCCCUUUCCUAGAUUUCUACCCUGUCUCUAGACUCUACUUUCUAGGACAUUGACGGUAGGGACCUACCUAUUUCAGUAUUUGUUUGUAGGCCCCUAUGCAGAGUGAGAGUGCUAUGACUAUGAGGACAAUAUAAGUUAUAAUAACCCGUCUAGGCGAACUCUAUCCUGCAAAAUGGCUGGACAUAGUCAUUAUUGUGCCGCUAUUCCUUGCACAAAUUCUAGAAAUAACAAUAAAGACCUCUGUUUUUUCAACUUCCCAAAAAAAGACAUCGAAAGGUGUAAACGCUGGAUUAUUAACACAAGAAGGACAGACAUAAAUGUGGGCAAUGUAAAAUACAGGAGUUUGUGUGAGGAACAUUUCGAUGCGUCACAGUAUAUGAAUCCAGCUGACAAGGGGGUUGCAAGACCUCGUAAAAGGUUGAUGCCAAAUGCAGUACCAUUGAUUUUCAACAUCCCGAAUCCACCACGAAAUCCAGUACCGAGAAAACCGCCAACAAAACGAGUUCUUCCUCAAGCUGCGGCCUCUUCCAAGAAACCAAAAGGAAAUGAGCAAGCAACAGAAGAUGUACCUGUGCCUGCCUGUCUUGGUGUAUCUGGAGCUACACCAAAUAAGCUGACUGUCCCAGCAACAGCAAAAGAAAUUGAGCUUAGAAAGAAACUCAACAUCUGCAGAGUGAAAAAUUAUAGAUUGUCCAAAAAAUUGGAAGCAAUGAACAAGCUCGUGGAAGUACAAAAAGCCAAGACGUCCGAUAUGCAAUCUGUCAUUAAUGGGGUUUCCAAAUAUCUAACUGGUCUUCCCCUAGACUUUUUUAUUGCUCAGUUGAGAAUGGCAGAUGCGAAAAGCAAAAAAAAAAGAUGGAGUCAAGAAAUGAAGGCACUCUGUCAGUCAUUGCAUGAUAAAAGUCCUAGUACGUACAGCAUGUUAAGCAGCAAAUUUGCAUUACCAGGCAUCCGCACUCUAAAAAGAAUGUCUAAACACUGCAAAUCAGAUGGAAUCUAGAAAUGAAGACACUCACUCUGCCUGUCAUUGCACUCUAAAAUUCCUAGCAUGUACAAAUGUAAGUAAGGAAUUUGUAUUACCUUCCAUCCGUACUUUACAUUGAAUGUCUGGGAAAGUGCAUAUCCCUGCAGGUUUCCCGUUGAUAUUGUUAGUGUGUGAUCUAACAUAUCAAAUAAAUUAAUGUGUGCAAAUACUAAAUAUAUAUAUAUAGACAUUUUAUUGUAGUGCAUCAUGUUGCAACUAUAUUAAAUUACUUUACUUUAUUAAUUA